AUGCUGGCUCACGCGGAACGCACUGCGAACAACAAUCCUACAAGUGCCACCGCCCAAAACGCUUUCUAUUCCGCCCUCCUACGUGCAAACAUGCCCAAACUCGUUAUUGAAAGAUAUCAGUCUGGUCGGUACGCCACCAACCCAGCAGCGGAUGCGGCCUACCUCAAGGCUCUACAGAUGACAGGCUCAGUUCCUGCUCCAGGCACACCCGGCUCAAAUGUUACCGGUUCACAAAGUAACGGCUUGGGUCCUGACAAAUUGCGGGCUGUUGGGCAGGCAGUUGCCGGACAGAACUACGGUGGGCAAGUGAUUAUGCCUAGCAAUAAAUCCGGUACAGGGGCAAAAGAAGCGCCGCUUUAUGUGGUGGUGGAAGAGUCAUGGGGCGCAACCAUUCUGAAAUGGGUCCGAACAUUCCUCUGGGUUGGCUUGUCUGGCUACUUCCUCCUCGUGGUCCUUACCAUGGUCGUGGAGAUGACUGGGAGCUUCCGGACGAGAGUCGGACAAAACAACGAAGUACAACCCCAGCAUCAGACUGUCCGCUUCAGCGACGUGCAUGGCUGUGACGAGGCUAAGGAGGAACUUCAAGAGCUGGUUGAAUUCUUAAAGAACCCGGAAAAAUUUAACCAGCUAGGAGGAAAGCCCCCCAAAGGUGUUCUCCUGGUGGGCCCGCCCGGUACUGGUAAAACAAUGCUUGCUCGCGCCGUUGCUGGCGAGGCUGGCGUACCGGUUUUCUACAUGUCCGGCUCCGAGUUCGAUGAACUGUAUGUCGGAGUCGGUGCUAAACGAGUUCGAGAUCUCUUCACCCAAGCACGAAACAAGGCCCCUUCCAUCAUCUUCAUCGACGAACUCGACGCUGUUGGAGGCAAAAGAAAUGCACGUGAUCCCGCCUAUGCAAAACAAACACUCAAUCAACUCCUGACAGAGUUGGAUGGAUUCAGCCCUAGCACCGGGGUUAUUCUCAUCGCUGCGACCAACUAUCCCGAGUCGCUAGACAAAGCGCUCAUUCGACCGGGACGAUUCGACCGACAUGUCAACGUGCCCCUGCCUGAUGUCCGCGGCCGGAUUCAGAUCUUGAAACAUCACAUGAGGAACAUGCCCAUCGCUGCCGAUGUGGAUGCGACCAACCUCGCACGUGCUACAAGCGGCAUGUCUGGCGCCGACUUGGAGAAUCUUUGCAAUCAAGCUGCGGUUCAUGCUUCACGGCUGAAGUACAAGAAGAUCACGGCCAUGAACUUUGAGUGGGCCAAAGACAAGAUCAUGAUGGGCGCCGAGGCUAAGUCCCGAAUGAUUCGAGAAAAGGACAAGAUCCAAACCGCUUACCACGAGGCUGGUCACACUUUGGUCAACUUAUUUACUCCAGCUAGUAAUCAGUUGUACAAAGUGACCAUCAUCCCGCGUGGUCAAGCGCUUGGUGUCACUCACUUCCUCCCUGAAAUGGACGAGGUGAGCAGAGGCUACGAUCAGUUCAUCGCGUCGAUCGAUGUCUCGAUGGGUGGGCGAGCGGCUGAGGAAUUGAUCUACGGUCCCCACAAGGUCACAAGCGGUAUCUCUCAUGAUGUUCAGCAAGCCACUCGAACCGCGUUCUAUCUUGUCACCCAGUGUGGGUACUCUGCCAAACUUGGAAAUGUGGAUCUUGCUUCCGACUACGACAAACUCUCGAGCGAGACGAAGCAAGAGAUCGAACGCGAGGUGCGACAGAUUGUGGAAGGCGGCAGAGAACGCGCCGACCGAAUUGUCAAAGAGAAGCGCAAAGAGCUUGAAGCUUUAAAAGAUGCCCUUCUGGAAUACGAAACGCUGGACCGGGAGGAGAUUAUGAAGAUCCUACGCGGGGAGAAAUUGAAAAAGAUUGAAAUUGAGCUCCGUGAGGAUGAUGACACAGACAACGGGGAUAAUGGACGAGGAAACAAGUCACAACCCAAGAAGGAUAAGGAGGUUGGCUCUAAAGGCAGCUUGGGGAUUAAGCUCCCCGACGUGCUGCUCCCACCUGGAACGGGUGGGAGAGGAGGAGAGAAGGAAGGGGUCUCGCGGGUCAGUGAUAGAUGA